AAACAGGUUUAGUAAACUUCCCCUCAGUUUUAAAGCUAAAACUUCUUUGGAGUCUUUCUUUCCCCUUCUCUUCCUCUUCUUCAUUGAGCUGCCGCCGCCGUUUCCUCCUGAACUUAUUGAACUCUCGUUUUCGUCGUUUCUCUUACGACUUACGAGAACUUCGGAGGAGAAACUCACGGCAGACUAAAUCUAAGCGACGGCUAGCUCACUAUCUGGAACAAACAUUGGUGGAUUUGAAGCUUUGACGCAUAUUUCAUCAUGCAGAGUUGGGGAAUUAACUCUGCUAUUAAGCUACUUACAUACUCCAGUGAGCUUGCGGAUGGAAAAGCUCUCUAUGUUUCUUCCAAUUGUCAUCCUGUGAAGGCUUUACACCGUGAACCUGCUGGUCAUGCCUUCCAUGCUGCUGCUCUCAAAUUGCGUGGUUGUGCUAAGGAAGCCACUGGCAAGAAUGAAGAUACUGAUAAGAAAGUCCCAAAAGAGAAGGAUAGUGAAUAUAUUCCUUCCUAUGACUCGCACAACAACAAAGGGAAGAAGAAGUCGGGGAAGCAACAACAUGAUCACUAUGCUUUGUUGGGUUUGGGCAAUCUAAGAUAUCUUGCAACGGAGGAUCAGAUUAGAAAAAGCUAUCGCGAUGCUGCGCUGAAGCAUCACCCUGAUAAACUUGCUCCUCUACUUCUUGCUGAGGUGACUGAAGAAGCAAAACAAGCCAAAAAGGAUGAGAUUGAAUCUCACUUCAAGUUGAUACAGGAAGCAUAUGAGAUUUUGAUGGACUCAACAAAAAGAAGAAUAUUUGACUCUACGGAUGAGUUUGAUGACGAAGUCCCAUCUGAUUGUGCUCCGAAAGACUUCUUCAAGGUUUUUGGUCCAGCUUUUAAGAGAAAUGCAAGGUGGUCGACUAAUCCGCGUGUACCAGAUUUGGGAGAUGAAAAUACACCACUUAAAGAGGUUGAUAGCUUCUACAGUUGGUGGUACUCUUUUAAGAGCUGGAGAGAGUUUCCUGAAGAAGAGGAGCAUGAUAUUGAGCAAGCAGAAUCCCGUGAGGAGAAGAGGUGGAUGGAGAGAGAGAAUACCAAAAAAUCUCAGAAGGCUAGAAAGGAGGAACAUGCUCGGAUUAGGGUUCUUGUUGACAACGCAUAUAAAAAAGACAUAAGAAUAGUGAAGAGAAAGGAGGAAGAGAAGGCAAUGAAGCUUCAGAAGAAGGAAGAAAAAAUUAUGGCCAAGAGGAAGCUGGAAGAAGAGGCUGCUGCAGCUAUUGAAGAAGAGAGAAGGCGAAAAGAAGAAGAAGCAAAACGUGCAGCAGAGGCUGCUCAGCUGCACAA